CUGUCUGUAGUUUAUGUUUAUGAUAUAAUCAAAAUCAAACAUUAUACAUCUAUUGGUUGGGAUAGGGUUUAGGAAUAAGUUCUUCAAUGCAACGAAAGAUAGCGUUCGAACACAAAAGUUUUUAUUCUAUUAUGCUAUUACGUGAAAUAUAAUUGAAAUCUUAAAUAAAAUGAAUAUAGCUUUAUUUUAAUUAAUUACGUGACUGUGAUUGUGUGUUCUAAAUAAGACUGAAAUCUCUUUUUUUAAACUACAUUAUAUCAAGAAAAUCUUAGUUAGACAGGGAGUAUUAAACAGUACCUAACCCAACAUUGUUAAAUUCAGUGAAUUAGUGUUUAUAAUUUUCAGAUAUAUAUUUGUGAUAUAUAAUAUAUAAAGAUCUUACAGUAUUUUAGCAGAUCCUUGUUGUACAUACAAUGGAGAUUGAUAAAGAAGUUCCUGAAGAAGUCGCUGUAUCAAGUGUGGCUAUUCAAAAUGAAAACAUAAAUGAAAUAAUUUUGGAUAAUCAGCAAAAUAUAUUGGAACUAAAUACUGAUAAUCAAAGUAGUAGAAUGUCAGACAAGAGUAAUUCUAGUGAUAUAAUGGAAGAAGAAACUGUCUAUGAUGAUACAAAUGCAUACAAUGGUUCUACUGAAGAUUGUAUUAUGGAGUCUAAUACAGACAGUAUUGCAGCUACGGAUGAUUUAAGACAGUUUGAUGUUUUGGAUGACUUAGAACGUCAUCCAGAUCAGAACUGCUGUGAUAUGGAUUCUGAUACCAAUGAAAGUAUGGAUUCUGAUGUACCUGAUGAAGAAAUUGAAGCCAUGCUUGAAGAAGGUUUACCAGAAGAAUUUAAAGGCAAAAGAAAAGACAAGAAGGAUAGUGUACCAUAUGAAGAGAAAAUAAAGCUUGUCUUAGAUGAAAUUGGACAUAAUCAUUUUGAUGUACUUCCAGAAGGUUGGGUACAAGUAACACAUAAUAGUGGAAUGCCUUUGUAUUUACAUAAACAGAGUAGAGUUUGUACUCUUGCAAAACCAUAUUUCCUUGGACCUGGCAGUGUGAGAAAACAUGAAGUGCCUGUUAGUGCAAUACCUUGCCUUCAAUAUAAAAGAGCUCUUCAUGAAGAAGAAGAAGAAAGAAAAAAGCAACAAGAGCGUGAUCCAAACGCAGAAGUUUGUAGCCUUCCUAGUGCAAAAAUUGAAACAAUUCAAGAAAAUCGAGCGGCUCAUUCAUUAGAUAGUGAACAAUUAAGAAAUUAUUGCCAAUCACUAUUUCGCUUUAAAGCUAUUAAAGUAAUGAGAUUUCAAUCAUGGUCAGCAAGAAGGAAAUUUACAAAAAAUAAAAAACAUCGUAAGCAGCUUGAACGACCUACUUUACCUGAUGGAACAAAAUUAAUAACAUUUCCAGUCAGUAGUUCUGGAUUAGCGGGAAGUAGUAGUGGUAAUGUUGGAGAUGAUAGUACCGGACAAAGGCCACCAAAACAUUGGAUAAUGAAUCCCUCAGGCAAAAGUUAUGUUUGUAUACUUCAUGAAUAUGUGCAACAUGCACUUAAAAAACAACCAACUUAUAAGUUUAAGGAAUUAGAAAAUGCAGCAACUCCAUAUUCUGCUGUUGUUUGUAUAAAUGAUAUGGAAUAUGGAAGUGGUUUUGGUAGUAGCAAAAAACAAGCAAAAGCUAAUGCUGCAAGGAAAACUCUUGAAAUUUUAAUUCCUCAAAUGAGAGAUAAAAUUUCUGGUGAUAAUGGAGGAGAUACAGUUUCUGGUAAUAACAGUCGAAUGAUUAAAGCAUCGAGAGCAAAUUCCGAUACAGAUUUAUCAUUCUUUGAUGAAAUAUCGAUUACCGAUCCACGAGUCGCAGAAUUUUGCGCAAAAACAACUGAACCGUCACCACAUGCUAUUUUAAUUACUUGUCUCCAACGAAAUUAUGGUCUUGGUGAUAUGCAUAUUAAUUAUUCUGUAAACACAUUAAAGCAUCAACGCAAUGAAUUUACAAUGCGUGUUGGUAAACAUGAAGCUACUGUCGUGUGUCGGAAUAAGAAAGAUGGUAAACAACGAGCAGCCCAAGCUAUUCUACAACUUAUGCACCCUCACAUUCAAUCUUGGGGAUCCUUGCUAAGACUUUAUGGAUCUCGAAGUGUAAAAUCUUUCAAAGAAAAAAAACAAUUAGAACAAGAAAUCACGUUGUUACAAGGUAAAGCUGCUGUCAAUCAGCCAAAUCACGCUAUUUUAAGUAAACUUAGGCAAGAAAUGCGCAAACUGGCAGAACAAAGACAGGCAAUACAACCUAUCGGUAAGUUUGUACCACCAGAUUUACCAACUGGGUCUGCAGCUAACUUGAACAACGUGGAUUUAUAACAUACUAGUCGACUAUGUAUUCUAUAUAUAUUAAUUUAUUUUGUAAGUUUUGUCUUUGAUUUGUUUUACAUUUUAUGUUUUAAAAAUGAGCGAAAAGUAUUUUAUAUAUGAUAUUGUAUUAUAAUAUGAUAUAAUGUAGGCAUUUAAAAAACAUGGUGCUGAUCCUUAUACACUUUGAUAUUUUUCUUUUUUAUAUAUUUAAAUCAAUUAAUUCAAUGAUCAACAACGUAGUAAUGGUUAGAACAAUUGGAAACCAUUUUUAAGAUUUGGAUUUCAAGAAUACUUUUUUUAUUUAUACAGUAUGCAUAAAGAUAUCACAGAAUACUACCUCAAUCGCAUUAGUUUUCUUGCAUUGGAAACUAUUAUAUUAAAUGUACUUGACAAUAUUGUUUUUUAAAAUCACUAUUAUUUUUAUUUAUAAAGGGAAUUUAAUAUUACAUAUAAAUGAUUAUUAAUUAAAUAUAUUACUUUAUAUAAAUAACAAUUUAUAAAGAACAUAAUCAUUUAUUUUUAAAGAACUGAUUACAAUAAAAUAUACUUCAGUUCUAUAAAUGUUAAGGCAUCAAUCUUGCAUAUUAAUAAUUGUUACAAUCAAGAAGUAUUAUAAUUGUCCUAAUAAAUUCCCUAAUAGAAUUAAUGAAAUAUAAAUAAAUUAUCAAAUAAUUCAUAAAAUAUUUAUAUCUCUUGUCUUCUUUGGCACUUUUGUAUGAUUUUUUUUUCUAUAUUACUAUUUUUUCAUUUUGCAUUUUACAUGAUAUCUUACUAAUUAUUUAACAAUGCAAAAAUAAGAAUAAUAACGUAAGUAUCGAAAUCUAGUUUAAAGUUUAAACUAUCGUCAUAAAUAUUACACUGUUACAUAUUUCUAAAUUCAUUGAAAAACAUUUUUCUUUUUUUUACUUUACUGUUAUAGUAUUUCAGUAGAAAAUACAAACAUUAAUCUUCAUUAUUUGUAUUAUACUAUAAAUUAUGGAUUUCUUUUGUGUUAAUUGUGUGUGAACGAAGUUUUUGUUUGCUUAAUUACAAUACAGUAUGUUACACAUAUAAAUAUUUUCCUGUAUAAAUUAAAAAUUAUAUAUUAUGCUAUAAUAUAAACAGUAAGUAAUAUGAUUAAUAUAAGAUUCUAAUAUUUCAUUUCACAUUGUAACGUGAACAUUGUAACUACAUAAAAUAUAGAAAUUUUGUUUGGUUUGGUUCUUUUUAUGUUAUAAAAAUUGUUAUUUUGAGAUAAUACUAUUUGAAAAUUUUAAAUUUAUUGAUUAUAUAAUAGUUGAAAAAUAUCCAAAUUUUAUUAACAAACUAUAACAAAUUGUAUUGUAUUUUAAGCAAAAUUUUAAACUUUUUAUCAGCUGGUCUAAAAAUCUUGUUAAAGUAAUGUAAGAUAAAUACAUCUAUAUAAUAGGCACAUGUAACAGGACUAGAAUUAUAAUGAUUGUAAUAAAUUAUAUUUCAAUGGAA